GGACAUUUUGAGCACCCUUCUCUAGAGCCAUUUCUCAACUUAACUGUAUUUUGUUAAUUUAGUUUUUGGUAGGAAAAAUUGUUCUCUUUCGAUCUACGCAAAGCCGACCUUCCUAGCUUGUUCCGUUCAAGAGUUAUAAGGGUUUUCCUGAGACCCCUGAUUUCAGCCAAUUGACCUUGGAUCAAUCAGAAAACCAUCUGGAACGGGGUUUUUCAUCAUGCUGAGUCGAAUGGUAAUAUUUGUUUUUGGAUUUCAAACCAUCUUACACUGUUUUUUAGAAAUUUUCUACAUUUCACAAUAUCUACCGCUGUCUCACAUGAGCCCAUAUUUCGGAAAUAUUGAGAUAACACCGUAAGAUGAUUUCGAAUCCAAAAACAAAUAUCACCAUUCGACUCAGCAUGAUGAAAAACCCCGUUCCAGAUGGUUUUCUGAUUGAUCCAAGGUCAAUUGGCUGAAAUCAGGGGUCUCAGGAAAACCCUUAUAACUCUUGAACGGAACAAGCUAGUAAGGUCGGCUUUGCGUAGAUCGAAAGAGAACAAUUUUUCCUACCAAAAACUAAAUUAACGAAUACAGUUAAGUUGAGAAAUGGCUCUAGAGAAGGGUGCUCAAAAUGUCCAUCGAGAAUGCACUUGAUUGGUCAAUUGUUAACCAAUCAUAUUUUAGCAUGCAUUGAUGUGCCUUAUUCUUCUCUUUUUAAUGGCGAAAACCGCACUUCUCUAUCUUCUUCCUGUGAAAAGUUAUUCAAAAAAUGGCCACGGCUCUUUUAUUUUGAAAUGGAUAAUACUUAGGGUGGGUGUAGGUGUGGGUGGGCGUGGAUGGGUGUGUGGGUGUGGGAGUGUGGGUGUGGGUGUGGGUGUGAGUGUGGGUGUGGAUGUGCGUGUGGGUGUGGAUGUGCGUGUGGGUGGUGGUGGGAUGUGGAUGUGGGUGUGGGAGUGUGGGUGUGGGUAUGAGUGUGAGUGUGGGUGUGGAUGUGCGUGUGGGUGGUGGUGGGAUGUGGGUGUGGGUGUGGGUGGGUGUGGGUUUGGGUGUGGGUGAUUUUGGGCUAUUCACGGACACUCAUUCGCAUCCACACCCACGCCCACACACCCACAUCCCACACCCACCCACACCCACACCCACACCCACCCACACCCGCUUUCCGACGUUCCGAUUUUUUCUGAUUUUAACAUAUUUUUCCGAUUGCCUUCAGAUUUCGUAAUUUUCCUCCGGUUUUCAAAGUCUUGUUUGUGAAUUCAAGUUCUUAGGACAUUCCAGAAUAAUUUAACCAUGACGCGAUACCACACAUAUAUAGCGAUCUAUUUCAUCAUAAUUAUCGGGUAAUGAAACGUCAUGAACUCAACAAACCACACUGCAGUGAUUUGAAAGCAUAUCCUCCAAUAAAACUAUGAUGUUUCACAGACAAUUAAGAUCCAGUUUUCUAUCACGAUGGACUAACUUUCUCUGUUCGUUUACUAUACUGAUAAUUAAGAAUAUUUUCGUUUUUGAGCUUUUUUGUUUCAUCACAGAUAUAAUAAAACUAAUCAUAAUCGUAUGGGUACUAAUUUAGCUGUUGCAGAAUUGAAAAUCGGAAUGAAUUCUGUUUAUACUUGUGGACAUUUUUAUGAAUAUCUGUUACCUCAACCUGAUAUUUUGAAGACUCGUCCAUCUCUGGCUGGUAUUGGAGUAACACCUUAUACUUCAAUAUUAAAACAUAUUCGUUCAUUACAAACAGAUCAUAAACGACUUCGUCAUGUUUAUUUUUAUUGGAUAUGUAAUACUACAUUAUGUUAUGAAUGGUUUGCUCAAAUGUUGCGAAAACUUGAACGCGAAUUAUGUAAUCGAACUCAUUUUCUUACUUAUAAUAUUUAUUUAACAAAAUUGUCAAUGAUUGAAACACGAGCUAUAAUUAAAAAUAAUAAUGAACAAUGUGAUAUAUGGACUGGUUUACAAACAAAAACAUAUUAUGGAAAAUUUGCAACUUCUGAAGACUUUUGCUCGUACUUACAUAUUAAAUAUAUACGGUGUCUUAAGUCUAAAGCUUUUACUAUAGAUGAGAAUCUGUAA